AUGGAGGUACAUAUUAGCUUAAAUAAAAAUGCAGGACAUCCAGGGAAGACUAAAAGAAUAAGACCAGAUGAGGAUGCAAAAGUUUGGUGUCCAGCUGGAUUAGAUAAAGACGGAUUUGAAAAACGGUUUAUUAAUGAAACAAUAGGGUUUGGUGUAUUUACAACAAAGUUUUUCGAAAACGGAAUAUUUCUUUUAGUAUACAUUGUUGAUGCUACAGAUGUGACAGAAAGAAUGUGCCAUUAUGUCAAUGAUGACAAGAGGGCAAAUAUAACCAUGAAACUGAAAGUUUUUAAUAAGUAUCCAAGGCUGUAUUUGUUUGCCCUGAGAGAUAUUAAUGAAAGAGAAGAAAUUCGAUAUGAUUAUGGUGAUGAUAAUGCUCCCUGGCAACAACAUUUACAUAACACCAAGAUGGAGAUGGACAUAACUGAAGUAGUAGAAGAUGAUGAUCCCUUUGAUCUCAAAAAGCCAAAGAAAUCAGAGAAAAAGGUAAGAAACAAAAGAGUGGAAGAAGGAGGUAAACAUCAGGAUUCACCUUCAUCUCAAAUUAAAGUACUCUUACUUUCAGAGAAAAUGUCCAAGCAUGAUGAGAAAAUAGGGAACAGUGCCAUUGUUUCACUUACAGAAGCCAAUGUUCAGGAUUAUGCAUGUUCAGGGGAAAUGUCUAAGCAAGGACAGGAUGUUGCAGUCAAUGACUGUGAUACAUCUUAUAAUGCAAAAGUUGGAGAUACGCUCCUGCAGUUUCAGAAUGUCCUACCAUUGAUCCUGGAAGUGAAAAAAGUAUCUGAGAGUGAAAAAAGCUGCGGUAGCAUAGAGAGUGAAAAAUAUCCCAUGCUCUCUGGAAAGAAAGAAAAAGACAUUUCUUUUUAA